CGUUUCCCCGCCCCUCCCGCGGGGUCACGCGGCUGCGAGCCCCGCCCCUGCCCAUUCCUCCCUGCCCCCUGGAGCAUGGCUGACCGGCGGGACAAGGCGGCGCUGGUCAGCGAGACGAGGCGGCGGUUCGAGGCCGAGUACCUGCCAGAUAAAUCAGAUAAAUAUGAUUCCAGAGAUGUGGAAAGACUUCAGCAAGAUGACAAAUGGGUUGAAAAUUACCUGAUUUGGCGUCAAGAUGUUGUGGAUGAUACAUUAAAGAUGAUUGAUCAAAGUUUUCAGUGGAGGAAAGAAUAUACUGUUAAUGACUUGACUGAAUCUGUCCUUCCAAAAUCAUUAUUUGAAAAUGGCGCUCUCUUUCUGCAUGGAUAUGAUAAAGAAGGCUAUAAAUUAUUUUGGUUUAGAGUGAAACUUCAUGUAAGAGAUCAAAAACAGCAACUUGAUAAAAAGAAACUGGUAGCUUUUUGGUUAGAACACUAUGCCAAGAGAGAUCAUGGAAAGCCCUUAACAGUGGUAUUUGACAUGGCCGAAACUGGAAUCAGUCACAUAGACUUGGAUUUUGUUCGGUUUAUUGUCAACUGUUUUACAGAUUAUUAUCCAAACUUUCUUACAAAGAUAGUGAUCUUUGAAAUGCCAUGGAUAAUGAAUGCUGCUUUUAAAAUUGUUAAGGGUUGGCUUGGUCCAGAUGCAAUAAGCAUGUUAAAGUUCACAAACAAGAGUGAUGUACAGGAAUACAUCAAUGGAGAGUAUCUGCCACCUCACAUGGGUGGAACUGAUUCUUUCAAGUACAGUUAUCCUCCGCUGGUUGAUGAUGAUUUUCAAACACCUUUAUGUGAAAAUGGGCCCAUUACUAGUGAAGAUGAGCAUGAAAGUAAAGAAGAGAUAGAUGCAGAUGCCAAAGAAACUGUGGAUCUGAAUGAAGAACAAAAUCUUAAUCAGAAAAAGAUGAAUUCUAUAGAACAAAAUUCCAAAUCAGAGGAAAGUGACAAAACAGAGUUCAAACCAAAAAAUGCAAAGAAAGCACUAACCACUUUUAAAGGACCUUUAUUACAUAUCAGCCCUGCAGAAGAAUUAUAUUUUGGAUCCAAAGAAACUGGAGAAAAAAAGUGUUUGAUAGUUCUGACAAACGUCACUAAAAACGUAGUAGCUUUUAAGGUGAGAACAACUGCUCCUGAAAAAUACAGAGUUAAACCCAGUAACAGUAGCUGUGAACCUGGCACGUCAUUAGACAUAAUAGUCUCUCUUCAUGGUGGUUUUGCAGCUUCUCUGCAGGAUCGUUUCCUUAUAAUGGCUGCAGAAAUGGACCAGUCUUCUGGAUCAGGUGUACAAGAUCUGUCUCAGUUUUGGAAAGAAGUUCCUAGGACCAAAGUGAUGGAACAUAGGCUCAGGUGUCAUGUAAUAGAAAGUAGUAAGCCUUCUACUCUUACAUUAAAAGAGAAUGCAUUUAAUAUUCCAGCAAAAACCAAUGAAGAUUUACAUAUGCAGCUAACUCAUUUACUGCAAAUUAAUAGAAGACUUCAAGAACAGAUUGAUCGCUGCCUCUGGUUCCAGCAGUUGUCAGUCGUUUUAUCAUCAUUAUCAAUUACUGUAGUUGCCUUCUGCUUCUAUUUGGUGUAUACCCAGAGAGGCUGAAAAGAACUGCUUUGCUCUGAAGGUGCUGCUUAUCAUGUUGGACUUGAGUGGAAAAGGUUUCAGUACUGCUCUUAGGUUAUGGAACUGCCAAAAUGAGGUUUGUGAGCCCACAGCAAUGAGUGGUGAUAAAAUUUUCUGAAAAAAGGAAUGAAUGACCGGCAAAGGAAAUUACUGAAACUUGACACUUAAAACAGUUCAUGAAGAUGUUAGAGCUUGGAGUUAUUUUCACUGUACAACUUAAUACUACUGAACUGGAAGGAGGAAACCAAAUACAACAAUAUAAUUUAAAACUUUAUUUUUCCUCUAUUCUAUUCAAUACUUUAAAUACAGUAUUUAACUUCUUUUCAUCAUAUUCUUACAUUCAGAAUUACUCUAAUAGAAGGUGUAAGCAGUCUGCUUAGUGUACUCUAAAGGUUAACUUGUUCGUUCAGGAAAAUUUACAGAAAUUAUGUAGGACAGGCAGAUUUUUUGUAUAAUCCAUGUACAUUCACGUAUAAAGGAAGGUAUUUGUUCUUAGUAAUUAUUUUGGUACUUCAGGGUCAUUGCUUUCAUUAGUUAAAUUCCUUAUUUUUGUGCUUUUCCUGAAUGCAAACAUACUGUAAAUAUUUCCUAAACAAAUAACAUUCACACAGCCAUAUUGACCAGGAAAAUAAUCCUUGUUCAAUUCCAAAGAUCCUAGUCAAAUUGCAGAAGGAGUGUAACAUUUGACUUCUGAUGAGCUAGUUAUGGUUCCUAAAAAGGCUAAUAAAUAGUUUAAGGAUUUACUCUGAGAUGUGCAAUAUGCUUAAAUCACAGAUGAAUUCAUGAAAAAAGACAGCCGAGUCAGGAAGAUUAAAUGUUAUUGAAGGCAACAUAAAAGGGUUAUAUCCGCCAUUUCUCUGAAACUGCUGCAGAAAUGGUGUAUGAAGCUAGUGUGAAUUUACUCUAACAAGGAUUCUUUGUAUUCGUGGCUGUAAAUAUGUAUAUUAAAAUGCUAAACACCUUAAAGGAGACUGAUGGUAUCUUUCAUACAUUUAUUUUUUUCACUCUAGAUGAAGUCUAAAAUUUUAAAAUAAUUUCUUUACUAUAAUUAGUUUUUGCUACAAAUUUACUUUGUAAUAGAUGGUUUAGUUUUGAUUUGUUGACUUCAAUAGACAAGAAGAGAUUACUGGGGAAAAAUAAAGGUAAUACUCUGCCACUGUCUUUUUGCUGACAGUAUCUCUCCAAUGUGUUUUAGAUGUAGUACCAUUUCUAGGAAAUAGAAACAGGCAGUUUAGAAAAUGUGCUAGUAAACUGAUUAACUAAUAAAGCAGCAAUGAUUUAAUAUGAUUACUGAAAAGCUACUAUGUAAAAGGCAAGUCUUCAGAAUUGUUUAGUGCAUGGUCUUCUGUCCUUUCUUACUUUAUACAGUUUUACUAUAUCUGCAUUUUCUUAGUUUUUCACUAACCUAAUUUCUGUACAUUUUGCUUCUCAACAUUUGGUUUUCUUAAUGAAUUGGCAACUUACAUUGUUCGCUGCUUACUAUGAAACUUUUGUGUAAAUUAUUUUCACGUGCACAACAUUCAAAUGCUUGCUUUGAGCAAAAUGGAUUGUUGUCUUGUUGAGAAAGGUAACUAAUUUGUAAUUUCCAGAUAAUACUUGCUAACCAUGCUAUUAAAAUGAUUCCUUAAUUUAGUGGAUUGAAUAGCACUUUACUGUAAAAUUGCAAGAAAUAUAUUCUUAGAGUCUUUGCCAAUAUGAAUAUUUUAAUGUUUUGGUGCUUUCAUAAAUAUUUUCAGUAUUUUAUUA